AUGGCUCUGAAGGACACGGGCAGCGGCGGCAGCACCAUCCUGCCCAUUAGCGAGAUGGUCUCCUCAUCCAGCUCGCCUGGCGCUCCGGCGGCCGCCGCUGCCCCGGGGCCCUGCGCGCCCUCGCCCUUCCCCGAGGUGGUGGAGCUGAACGUGGGGGGCCAGGUCUAUGUGACCAAGCACUCGACGCUGCUCAGCGUCCCGGACAGCAUUCUGGCCAGCAUGUUCUCGCCCUCGAGUCCCCGGGGCGGCGCCCGGCGCCGGGGCGAGCUGCCCAGGGACAGCCGCGCGCGCUUCUUCAUCGACCGAGACGGCUUCCUCUUCAGGUACGUGCUGGACUACCUGCGGGACAAGCAGCUGGCGCUGCCCGAGCACUUCCCCGAGAAAGAGCGGCUCCUGCGCGAGGCCGAGUACUUCCAGCUCACCGACCUGGUCAAGCUGCUGUCGCCCAAGGUCACCAAGCAGAACUCGCUCAACGACGAAGGCUGCCAGAGCGACCUAGAGGACAACGUUUCGCAGGGCAGCACCGACGCGCUGCUGCUCCGUGGGGCGGCGGCCGCCGCGCCCUCGGGCCCCGGAGCGCACGGCGGCGGCGGCGGCGCGCUGGACAAGCGCUCCGGCUUCCUCACGCUGGGCUACCGCGGCUCCUACACUACGGUGCGCGACAACCAGGCGGACGCCAAGUUCCGGCGAGUGGCGCGCAUCAUGGUGUGCGGGCGCAUCGCGCUGGCCAAGGAGGUCUUCGGGGACACGCUCAACGAGAGCCGCGACCCGGAUCGGCAGCCCGAGAAGUACACGUCCCGCUUCUACCUCAAGUUCACCUACCUGGAGCAGGCGUUCGACCGCCUGUCGGAGGCCGGCUUCCACAUGGUGGCGUGUAACUCGUCGGGCACGGCCGCCUUCGUCAACCAGUACCGCGACGACAAGAUCUGGAGCAGCUACACCGAGUACAUCUUCUUCCGACCCCCUCAGAAAAUAGUGUCACCCAAACAAGACCAUGAAGAUAGGAAAAAUGACAAAGUCACAGAUAAAGGAAGUGAAAGUGGGACUUCCUGUAAUGAGCUUUCCACUUCCAGCUGCGACAGCCACUCUGAAGCCAGCACUCCCCAGGACAACCCGCCCAAUGCCCAGCAGGCAGCAGCUCACCAACCUAACACUUUAACAUUGGAUCGCCCCUCCAAGAAAGCACCUGUGCAGUGGAUGCCCCCACCGGACAAACGCAGAAACAGUGAACUCUUUCAGACACUCAUCAGCAAGUCCCGAGAAACAAAUCUGUCCAAAAAGAAAGUCUGUGAGAAGCUAACUGUGGAAGAAGAAAUGAAAAAGUGCAUUCAGGAUUUUAAAAAGAUCCACAUUCCAGAUUAUUUUCCAGAACGCAAACGCCAAUGGCAGUCUGAACUGUUGCAGAAGUACGGGUUAUAGUAAUGAUCAUAUUCCUACAGUAUU